GUCGCUUGUGGCAUCGGUAUGACACAAUCAUUUUCAUUUGCGCAAUAUGGAUUGUGCACGGGGGACAAAGCAAGAUAACCACGGUUGGGCAACUGAGAACUUUCUUCUUUCUUCACUUUCUCUCUUUACACAAUCUGCCUGACAGCAACCACAUUUUGACAAUGGAAAGCAUCCAGACUAAAGUACGAUACUACAACGCUCAGCUGGACAAGGAAUUAGGACAGUAUCCACAGUUAAACCGAUUCCAGGCAGCAACAGGAGUUCCGAAAACAUUCCUGGCCCUCGGAUCUGGUGUGUUUAUCCUGUUGAUGAUCUUUUUCAACUUUGCAGGAAAACUACUGUCCAACAUUCUCGGCUGGGUCUACCCGGCCUACCGAUCCUUCAAAGCUCUGGAAACGCCGUCCCAGGACGACGACAAGCAAUGGCUAACCUACUGGGCCGUCUACGGAUUUGUCGCCGUCAUCGAAUCUUUCACGGACAUCCUGCUGUAUUGGUUCCCGUUCUACUUCUUCCUCAAGACCAUCUUCCUUCUCUGGCUCAUGGUCCCCCCAUUCAAUGGUGCUGCUCUCAUCUACGUGAGGAUCCUUCGUCCGUUUUUGAUUCAGCAUCAUGGUCGAAUUGACAACACUUUCAGGGAUGUCAAGUCUAGGGUCUCUGCCGCAGCCUCUGAAUUCGAUACCCGCCCGUCUGCUGCACGCUAGAGGGUGCUUAUGACGAGUUCUUCACACGAUGGAUUAAAGCUAUUUCAGUUGUAGGAUCAUUUGUUCAACAGUGCUUUUCAAAUUGAAUACAUU